CUAGCAUCCUCUUCUGCUCUCUAAGCGGUAAGAACGGAGAGAAAGAAAUACUCACUAAGCACUUUCAUUCGUGAUUUAGGGCGAUUUAGAGUUGGAUUUUGAAUAUGCUGAAGUGGAAGAAAAGAUAGACGAAGGCAUUAUUUCAUCACUUUUUGGACUCAUUUAGAGCUUCAGGAGUACGAUUUGCCUAGCGAAGUGAAGUACGAAGUUGAAGAUCAAGGUAAAAUAAUUCAUCUUAGUAGCAAACAAGGAGGAGAUGACGUGAUUGAAGAAAUUGUGUUUCCAUCUUCGCUGUCCCUUUUGAGGUGAUGACCACAUACAUGCAAGUGCUAUUUUCAUACUUUUGAUAGCAGAAAGAAAAGUCCGUGUGUAAUAUUGAUGUUCAUGUGAUAAUAGGUUGACUCUGUUCAUAUAGUACUGGUGACGGAUAUUUAUUCGAACUAUUUGGACUCUUAAUUGCAUUUGCAAGCACAUCCAUAUUGGAGUUAAGGUUAUGGGUGAAGUGCCAGUGCUUUUGCAGGGGCCCCAUGACGCCGGCCACUGUUGCCACCUAUUUUUGAACCCAAAUAUUAAGCAUGAUUAUCGGCCUUUCAGACUUUGAACCAUAAAGAAAACAUGGCCAAUACACAAUUCUUUCCUUGCUCACCUUGACGCUUAUGGACUACAAGGUUUUGCUAGGCUCACAUCAUGCGACGACCAAGUACGUUCGGACCCAUCCCUUUUGAGAUCCCUCGUUGACCGGUGGAGACCUGAAACCCACACCUUUCACUUUCGUUUUGGGGAGCUUGCACCUACACUGAAAGAUGUUUCUAUGAUCACUGCUCUACCAAUUAGAGGUGAGCCGUUACUCUCUCCACGAGUGUCUCCAUCUUGGGCAUUAGAUAUAGCAGCCCGUCUUGGGAUGGAAAUGCCAGAAUCACAACGUUCUGGUGGCCCUCGGGGCAUCCCACUCGUCUGGCUUCGUGAUAACUUUCUAAUUUUAUCUAGCUUCGCCAAUGAGGAGACGAGAAAAAGACAUCUGUUUGCGUAUUUGUUGUGGCUCCUCGGGAAUCUGUUUCCAAAUUCACAUGGGGACGUAGUUAUCCCUGGUCUCAUCUACAUUGCAGAGAAUAUGGUAGAUGAACCUUUACCCGAGCAGCCAAAAUACAGCUUCGGUUCUGCCAUGCUAUCUCAUACAUAUAGAGGCUUGUGUGAUGCCACACAAAAAAACCUCUUUCGCACAAAAAGCUCCAUUACUUUGUGUCGCCUACGAGUUUCUACAGUUGUGGUCCUGGGAAUACCACCCUGUAGGACGACCUCGUAUAGUACAACCCGUACACCCAUACGACUUUAGCGAGGGUGGCAGUGCAACUAUGGCCACCAGGUGGACAAAGGCACGGAAACGUUGGUCUCCAGAUAUUGCGAAAAAUUGUUACCCUAUAUACCACCAGCAGUUUGAGAUACUUGAUGAGGCAGAAGUCAUAUGGAACCCGUGGACUCAGGACCAGCUACAAAUGGUCUUUGAUGCUCGACCCUUCACACCAGGCAUGUUGAGCGAUAGUGCAUUCUGGCUGACUCGCUGCAACUUAUUGUUCCUGUGGUGUGUUGAGCCUUACAACCCAGAGCGUGUAAUGAGACAGUUCGGUCUCUAUCAAGAAAUUCCACCACCUUCUCCAAGACGUAUCGAUGAGGAAACCCAUAAGCUAAUCAAUAUGGGCAGGGGUUGGAGUUUAUACGAUUGGAGGGAACAGAACAUUGAAUGGGUACACAAGUGGGAAAAUGAAGCGCUAGCAAGAUAUAGUGCAUCAACUUAGACCACACGAUGGAAGUACGGAUCAAGCGUACAAGCAGUGGUACUGCAUGAACACACGUGCUAGCCUGGCCAGUCAGCCAGCUACUAUACCAACACAUCUCACACAAGAGGAGCAGGCGCGGAGACAUGUUGAGCUGCAUGCAGCUUACUAUCGUGACCAGAUGCUUGAAAGUUGCAACGAAGUAGGGCAGAUGGCUACGGAUAGCAUGCCGGCCCAGGGCCCAGCUCGCAAGUCAUUCCAGAAGCGUUUUCAGCAAUACGUGGCAAAGAAGUUCAGAUGCGGUAGAGGCGACGACGUUGUCACUGGAGCAUACAACAUGCCGGUAGCGAGGUCAGCCAGACCGAGUGCGGCGCCGUCAUCCAGACCGAGCGAGGCGCCUACGAGCCAUGGGCAGUGGGGGGAGGGUCCGAGUACUAGAACGACAUUGCCACGACAUGACUCAUCUCUACCACUGCAUCGCUCUUCUUUGAUGCAGCUUCGUCAGGGGCAGACAUCUCAGGACCAUGGCACGGGCUUGGAUUCGAUGCCCGAGCAGACUCUUUCCCCUAACCCAUAUGCGUACACAGGAUAUGAUGCAUACACCAAAGGUGAGGGAUCUCAGUCGUAUCUCUCCACGCGAGGGAUCCCCAUGCCCGAGGAGACUCGUGUACCAGAUUUAAACCAGCACCACGUACAAUGGCCAGACAGUAUAGGAGAGGGAUCUGAUCAGGACAUACCUGAUGUUAAUUGGGGCGAUGAGAACACCCAACGUGGCGUCAACAGAGGCGUCCGGGGAGCAUCACAUGAUCAUGGCCACACGGUUACAUCAUUAGUUACAAAGUUCUUCGGAGGGGAAGUUAUUGGCCCAUCUUUAUCCCCGCGGAGUCACAACCAUACGCCUACAAUUACGCUUCAGGUUCGCAACAAGGAUUCACGACUCCACCACCUACGCAGGACUCGCAGAUACAUGAAGCCGAAUUGGAGUACGGCCGCGGUCUUCGUGUAACUCGGCCACCUAAUCGCUUGUCGCCUUCCGGUCGUAAGGAAAGGCCAGGUGGUCAUCGUAAAGUAGGGUGAUUCAUCUAUCCACGUGCGCGACCCAUUGUAUCUACAUAUGUCAGUAUCAGACUUUUCGAUUUGAACAUCUAUGUAUGCUGAAAUAAAAAUGCACCAGUCAGGAACAA